AGAGGGAGGAAAACUGAGGAGUUCCCAAUGUUUCAAAUGGGGAGAUUUCAUGUGAGAUAUAGAUUACGUGUAUCUCUUGGGGGAGCUAAGAGUGUGUACUUGGAGGCAGUCAAGUUUGAGAAGUCUGACAUCUUUACUCAGCCAGCCCCACGCUAGGCACUGGAAGGCCCCAGGGAGCGCCAUGGCCCGCGCACGGCAGGAGGGCAGCUCCCCGGAGCCCGUAGAGGGCCUGGCCCGCGACGGCCCGCGCCCCUUCCCGCUCGGCCGCCUGGUGCCCUCGGCAGUGUCCUGCGGCCUCUGCGAGCCCGGCCUGGCCGCCGCCCCCGCCGCCCCCGCCCUGCUGCCCGCUGCCUACCUCUGCGCCCCCACCGCCCCACCCGCCGUCACCGCCGCCCUGGGGGGCCCCCGCUGGCCUGGGGGUCCCCGCAGCCGGCCCCGAGGCCCGCGCCCGGACGGUCCUCAGCCCUCGCUCUCGCUGGCGGAGCAGCACCUGGAGUCGCCCGUGCCCAGCGCCCCGGGGGCUCUGGCGGGCGGUCCCACCCAGGCGGCCCCGGGAGUCCGCGGGGAGGAGGAACAGUGGGCCCGGGAGAUCGGGGCCCAGCUGCGGCGGAUGGCGGACGACCUCAACGCGCAGUACGAGCGGCGGAGACAAGAGGAGCAGCAGCGGCACCGCCCCUCGCCCUGGAGGGUCCUGUACAAUCUCAUCAUGGGACUCCUGCCCUUACCCAGGGGCCACAGAGCCCCCGAGAUGGAGCCCAAUUAGGUGCCUGCACCCGCCCGGUGGACGUCAGGGACUCGGGGGGCAGGCCCCUCCCACCUCCUGACACCCUGGCCAGCGCGGGGGACUUUCUCUGCACCAUGUAGCAUACUGGACUCCCAGCCCUGCCUGUCCCGGGGGCGGGCCAGGGCAGCCACUCCAGCCCCAGCCCAGCCUGGGGUGCACUGACAGAGAUGUGGACUCCUGGGUCCCUGGCCAAGAAGCCAGGGGAGGGAGGGCUGAUGGACUCAGCAUCGGAAGGUGGCGGUGACCGAGGGGGUGGGGACUGAGCCGCCCGCCUCUGCCGCCCACCACCAUCUCAGGAAAGGCUGUUGUGCUGGUGCCCAUUCCAGCUGCAGGGGUGACACUGAGGGGGGGCUCUCCUCUCGGUGCUCCUUCACUCUGGGCCUGGCCUCAGGCCCCUGGUGCUUCCCCCCCUCCUCCUGGGAGGGGGCCCGUGAAGAGCAAAUGAGCCAAACGUGACCACUAGCCUCCUGGAGCCAGAGAGUGGGGCGCGUUUGCCGGUUGCUCCAGCCUGGCGCCCAGCCAUCUUCCCUGAGCCAGCCGGCGGGUGGUGGGCAUGCCUGCCUCACCUUCAUCGGGGGGUGGCCAGGAGGGGCCCAGACUGUGAAUCCUGUGCUCUGCCCGCGACCGCCCCCCGCCCCAUCAAUCCCAUUGCAUAGGUUUAGAGAGAGCACGUGUGACCACUGGCAUUCAUUUGGGGGGUGGGAGAUUUUGGCUGAAGCUGCCCCAGCCUUAGUCCCCAGGGCCAAGCGCUGGGGGGGAAGACGGGGAGUCAGGGAGGGGGGGAAAUCUCGGAAGAGGGAGGAGUCUGGGAGUGGGGAGGGAUGGCCCAGCCUGUAAGAUACUGUAUAUGCGCUGCUGUAGAUACCGGAAUGAAUUUUCUGUACAUGUUUGGUUAAUUUUUUUUGUACAUGAUUUUUGUAUGUUUCCUUUUCAAUAAAAUCAGAUUGGAACAGUG